AUGGCUGAUGAAUUGUUCGAUGCUAAAUCCGCGGAUGGAUCAUUCAAUCUGGUGAAUCCUUCACCGUGCCAGCUUAAAGCAGAGGGAGCCUCACGCUUCCAUCAGCUCCUUCAGGAUCACGGCAUCAGUCAGGAGCUCACGGAUCGGCUGCUCGCCGACGGUUGGGAUGCGAAAUCUUUUCGCCAUGUUGUCUGCCAGGAAUCGGAGCUUGCGGGGGUCCUCCCCGAGAUGUUCCCGGACACUGAAGUGUCCUUGAUGCAGCGUGCCAAGCUGCGAGCCGUAUGGUCGUCGCUGCAGCGACGCGGUAGUAACGAGCCUGCUCCUGCAGAACCGCUGGGAUCCCCGGCCAAGCAAGGCUCGGGAUGGUCGGAAGCAUUCGCCCCCAAGCUUGAUGCAUCGCGGGUGGCCACGCUCAAAAAGCGUUUCUUGGAAGCCUUCCCAUCCGAAAUCUUGACGGCUAUGAAUACCCCCUCGCUCCGCCUCUUGAGCACUGCUGUCGACGCCGAGGUCAAGAAGAACUGGUCUUGGAUCCCGUGGAAGAGUCGCAUGACACAACAGAUGUAUGAGGAUUCCCUCAUGCAGAAGCCCGCAAAAAGGGCCAGGAUUGAGACCCUUCAGCUUUCGGACCUGUUGCUUGAUGAACCGCCACAGAUUGAUAUCAAUGAUUCCACCAUGGGGAUUUCAAUGAUCCGUAGGCUGUUGGAGGUGCAUGACAAUGCCCUCGCUCUUGCAGGCACCGCGCAUCUUGCGCGCCUCAAAGCUUACACCUCUAAGUUUUUGAGCCUGGUUUCGCAAAAAUUCCCACCUGAGACAAACCUUCGGCCCCCCUCUGUGCUGGAAGCUCAGCAGGCGGACAAACACUUGUGGUCGUGCAUCUUUCAGCUUGUGAUCGAGAAAGAGUGGCAGGUGAAUGAUGCGAUCUACGAGUUCACGGAGAUCCGCGGCGAUAUGUCGUCAUGGCUGCAGCCCCGCGCCAAAGCUGCCUCUGCAGGCAAUCGUAGGCCGUAUACACCGGGCGGCCGUGACAACCGCCCGCCCACCCCACCGCCAGGUCGUGGCACUGGCAAGGGCAAGGGGAAAGCCAAGAGCCCCACCAAGCAAGGCACCCAGCCUAGGGGCGUUCCAUGGGUUCGCGAGUACAAGGAGGGCGGCCAGGUGAAAAAAUUGUGCAUUGGGUGGCAGAUCGGGAAAUGCCAGCGUGGCAAUUCCUGCGAGUUCACGCACGGUGCUGCCGGGUCCAUCCACACCUGGGGGGAGCUGCCUGCCUUUUCGAUUGCAUUUUGUGCUCACUGCGGGAAGCCCCUUGGCCCCAACAGGUUCGCCGUGCUCACAUCAUUUCCGGUCACCAUCGCCCUGCCUGAGCUUUGCAGGGACCUGAAUGCCCUCUUCAGGUUCCUCUUUCCAAACGAGAACUGGAACGCUUUGUGUGUCUCGCGCAAUGGCCUCAGUGCACUGCAUUCCGAUUCAGCGAACAUUCCUGGCUCACGCAAUUUGUCACUCUCGCUGGGCCAGCCGACAUCAGUUGCAUCUGGCUCGGGCUGGCUGCAUGGCUGUGCUAUCGACACACAUCGCAAAGCCAUUAGCUUCGAUGGCCGCAUUAGACUCAUUAGACACAUGACACUUCCUUUCUCAGGAGAGCGUUGGGCCCUCACAGCCUUUUCCCUGCCUGACGUGUGUUGUGCCGAACUUGAGUUUCUGGGUUUCCCACUGCCGCCUCCGGCGGAAUUGUCGGUUUUUACAGAAAAACCCAAGAUCCCGCCGAGCAGCUUGAGAGGGGGUCCUGAGAUCCGAGCAGGGAUGUCGGCAGCUAUCACUGCCUCCCCGUCUCCCCUCUUGGGUUCUAGUCCUGCCCCUAAUCCCUCAACCUCCCGCACCUCGCCCGCGGGGCUCGAGGAAGCAGACAUCACUUCAUCGCACUUACUAGCAGGGACGCACAUUCAGGAGGAGUUUCCAUCCAGUGGCAACCCUGGGUCAGCCUCCGAUGCGUCCGCAGAUGUCCCUCCUGCGCAACAUCUCCCUUCAGCACAUCCAAUGCCCGGAGUACCGGAGGCCGUCUCGACUACUAAGCAGCACGAGCCUCAGUCGUGCAGGGAACAUACAGUCCAUUCCAAUCCGGCAUCGUCUAAGCUGCCACUGGGAUGCAAACUGUGGGGAAAACGCUCCACGUCAGGUUUGUUUCUCUCCCACAAGCUUAGGGUUGCACGCCCCUUGUCACCACCGGAGGGCGCUUGGCGAGCUGAUACUUGCAUUUCUUCCCUCCCGGCGCGUCUUUUUCUCGAGAUCACAUGGAGCAAUCACUCGCGCCAUCAGCUUAGCAUGGCUGUUCGUGCUUCAGGUGGAAACUCCCUCACCCUAAGCCCCUGCCUUGACCCGACCCUGGAUGUCCUUUGCCCAGACCUCCUCGAGCAGGUCCUCUUCCUUUGCGGCUCGGGAGCGGUCGCGUAUCUUGCAGCAUCGCCACUAGCCGAGUCAGCAGACUCGCCAGACGACGUGGGUUCCCCCUCGUGGCUGCUGUCGGCAAUGCACGAGCAAACGGCGGCGGCCAAGGUUUCCCGUUGCACCUGGCUCCUCAGCAUUGUACACACUGCAGGGGGUCAAGGGCAUUUGGAGUUGCCCCCCACUUCUUCUUACUGGUCGUCUGAGCGGCCCCAGGCCUGGCUGCAUCAGGGAAACUGUGCUCUGAUCUUGAUACCCCCAUUACUGUACUCAGACUCAGCUGUUCCGUGCCAGCCCCAGCUUUUGGCUGCUUCUUACCGCCCGCUUUCCGCCCUGGCGGUCAGCUCACCCGCCUUCGCUCCCCCGCAAUGCGCAAGUGAAUUUGCAUCUUCGUUUGCCACGAUCGCUGCCCCUCUGCUCCCGGCAGAGGGCCGCGAGCUCUCCCUGCAGUCAGUCAUCACGUCUAUCCCACGCAAAGGCCUUUUCGCAGGCCCACAUGCACUUCAUGAUGGAGCUGGAAAACGCUCCAUUGCCGAUUGGAGCAGCCCUGCAAGCCAUGAUGCAUUUCGGGGCUUACGCAAAGCCCUGCUGCAAUUCUGCAUCUCAGCUCGAGCCGACAAACGCUUGCUUGCUCGCGGUUCCUGCCCGUCGAAUGAACCGCUUUUCAGCUCUUCCGAAGUGUCCGCAGCCAGGGAUCUGGUGUUUCCUUCGCUGGGUAUGCAGACCCCGGAUAACGCUUGGUAUGUGCAUCCAUACCAACCCAUGUGCUUGCACGCGUUUGAAGCCCUGGCACAACAUUGUGGCGAUCAGGACAUUCACUUGUUUCCGCAUUUGCGUAUGGGUGUGCCAACCGGGUACUUGAAUGACAUCCCCCCUUCCAACUGUUUCUGGCCUCCCAAAGGCCAAUCAGGGGAGCUGAUUCCAUUGGCGCUCAAUCUUGAAAACUGGAAGUCGGCCGAUGUGGCUCCUGAGGUCACUUCGCGCUUGCUCCAAGAGGAGUUGGACGCGGGAUACUGCUUUAAGUUUGAGGGCACGCUUGAGGAGGCGAAAAGUAGAUGGCCCGUUGGCCUAGCACUGGGAAAAUUGGGGGUUGUUAGGGCACCGGGGAGGGCCGAACGACUCGUGUUGGACAACAGCGUAGCUGGGACCAAUUCUCAGUGCACAGUGCCGGAACGUCAAUGUUUCCCGAGCAUACACGAUGUUUCGCAUUCUUUCCCGAUUCGCGAGACUUCCGACCGCCAGAUGGCCAUUUGCAUUGAUGUCAAGCAGGCGCACAAGCGCUGCCGCAUCCACGACUCCGAGCAGGGCCUGCUCGGCUUCACUUGGCACAACGCGCUAUACUUCUUUCGCUGCUGCCCAUUCGGAGCAGUUUUCUCACAGCAUUGGUGGGGUCGCGUGGGAGGGUGCACUUUGCGCCUGUUACAUACCCUGCUGUUCCUGGCCCAUGUGGGCCUCCUUUUCGUGGACGACUUCAUUUUCAGCCAAGCGGCCAGCCUCAUGCCGCUUUCGGGAGCUGUGAUAUGCCUCUUUCUUCAGAUCCUGGGUGUUCCAGUCAGUUGGAAAAAAUUACAAAUUUCUUGUCGGGUCGAUUGGAUUGGAUGGCGGUUGUGCUUCUCUUCGGGUACGGUUAGUCUCAGGGAAGAAAAACGCUUGCGCCUCCUUGAACAAGUGCGUUCCCUUCUGAGGGGCGGGGGCCGUAUCUCUACCAAGGAACUGGAAUCCUUUCUGGGCCUUGCCAUGUGGGCCUGUGCACUCUUCCCCACUAUGCGUGCCAUGCUGCACCCUUUCUACAAAGACCUGUGGUCUCCGGCUGCUACUAAUUUCAGCAUUGCUCCGGAAUCGUGGCAUAGCAUCUGUAAUUUUCUUGAUUCUUCACUCAGGUUUAAGGCCUCACCUCCUCACACUGCCAUCCCCGCGGGUGCUAAGCUCCUCUCGGCUCGUCAUGUGCCUUUCGCAACCCUGGCAGACUUGUCCAAAGUCGCCGUGACGCACAAAAGAUUGUGGCUCCGCGUUGAAUGCCUUAGCAGCUCGAGGAGGAAACUUUCAAGUGCCUCCAUCCGCUCGUUGCAGGCCUUCGAGCGUUGGUUGCAACACGUUGCACCACUUGCCAGCAUGCGCCCGUCUCAGGUUGCAGACGUUGAAGCCUUUGCCGAUGCAUCGGCGUCCGGCCCAUCUUGCAGUUUGGGGGGUUUUGUUUCUUGUCCGGUUCUAGGCCAGGUUUGGUUCACAGAAACCUUUUCAGUCCAGGAAUUUGAAGCCGCAGGCAUUCCUUUCGGCAAUGACCUGGCUAAGGAGAUAGCCAGUUGUGAAGCCCUGGCUCAAGCGGGGCUGAUUCUUGCUCUCUCUAGGCUGGCUCCUUGCAGCAGAGUUCCUUUACGCCUCCCGUCCCUCUGCGAUAACUCAGGGGCGGAGGCAGGUCUGAAUAAGAUGUUUUCCACAAAGUUUCCCCUAGGCCUCGUUCUUGAACACAUCGCCCUCCUGGCGGCCAUGCAUCGCAUCUCUAUCGAUGUGUCUCAUGUCCCAGGUGCCAAGAACUGCAAAGCCGACGCACUUAGCCGGCCGGCUGAGUACCCCACACCUCCAGAUUGCCUUCCGUGCCAGCGCAUACGCUUUGGGCUCUCUGCUCUCUGGGAGCCUGGUCCUGAGGUGCAGAUUUUCCCUUCCAGCUUCACCCUGCCUUGGCUUCGCUGA